UAGAAAUAACAAUCGUCUUAAGGCAGCCUAAAUCAAUUGAUUCUCCAUUUUGCCGAUAAACCUGAUAGCUGAUACCCUUUUCUCUCAGUUUCACCUUCCCCUCGGUCCUCCUGCUGCUUAAACCCUAGGCCUCGCCGACGAAGGAAAGUAGGAAACUAACCGAACUGACAAAUUUCAAAGAAAUUUCAGUAUGUCGAACAGAGAAGAUUCCGAUUCGGAAUCAGACGCACCGGAGGAGUUCACCGCCGAGCAGGGAAUUGAAUUAGAUGCGGAGAUAAGGAAGAUUCAGAAGGAUAAUAAGUCAAGGGUUGCUCGUGAGGGGAAGGCACUAAGGAGAAAAUGGGCAGAGCGGAAAACACCACGACCAUCCAAAAAGGGAGAACAAGGCGUCCAAGAUGCAGUUGAAACCAAGGAGGAUGAGGAGUCUGUGGCUGCGAAAGGGAUGCUUCCCAGUAACAUUGUUCAACAGCUUGCUGCUCGGGAGAAGAAAGUGUUUACCACAGAAUCUGAUGAUGAAACCCCUGGUGCAAAUGCGAAGCUUCCUCCAAGGAAGAAGAAGGCGAGAGGCUCAGGGCCGCAGACUGUUAUUCUGACUGAGAUAUCCCCACCACCAUGUUUACAGAACUCGUUAGAGUUUCUAAAGAAGAACAAGAUGCGGCUUUCAAGAUCAUCAGCUGUUCUUAACAACUCCAACCAAGCUCUUCGCUUUAUCUCUUCAUCUGGCUUGUUAAGUAAGAAGUGAGAACAAAGUGCGGCUUGAGCUUCAGCUUCUUCUCCAACGGUGCCAUUUCCCCCCCUGCUUAGAGCGAGUUGAAGGGCAAUCCAUUCAAGUAUCUGGUUUCUGGGAAGUGUUGUAUCAACCAAGCUAGUGUAUCAUCUCGGAGGCCCUUUGCUCCCAGCCAUGUCGACCAGGUUACUGCUUGUUUCGCUAAGGCAAUCAAUCUACUAUGCAUAGUCCAUGAAUUAGUGAAGAAGUGUUAGGGUCCUGUUGGCUAUUUUCAAGUAUACAAACACGAAAUUUUGUUACUUGCUACUGGUGAUGCAUCAGUUCGAGAAGCUUUGUUGUUGGAAAGUAUGCGAAUGUUUAAGUUCAAAUUGUAAUGAUAGAGAAAUUGAACGCAUUCCUGUUUCGAGAGAACUCCAAAUGCAUUGAAAUUUUCAAACUUAUCGUUACUGGAAUUUGAUAGUGGAGAUAACCAUUGAUGAAGCUACAUGCCAUUUAAGCAUUGACCAGACUUAGUAUUGCCAUUGUCCCCACAUGAUCAAAUACUAAGCAUUAGCUUCACUAAGCUACAUGUUCCCAUUCCAGCAGCCAUUCGACAGAAACCAAACAAGAUCAAAUCGACUCGCAAGUCCGGUCGUCACCUUCUAAUCCUCUAUAUCCCCUACUCUAUAAACUUCAAGGAGAGGAGAAGGCGUCAGCCGGGUCGACCCACAUCGUGCUGUGUCGAGCCCCCGAUUGCAGGGCUAGGAGGGCGCUCUUUACACGGUGCAAGCUCCUGUGGUCCCUGAUGCGUCUCAGGACGACAUCCCUGUCCAGUGCUCUGGAGGCAGCAUGAUGGUUAUGAUCAUUACGAGCGGCUUGAGCCAUUGGCGAUGGCUUCAAGAGGAGUUGCCUGCUGACCGACGGCAGGGGACUUGUUGUAUCCCUGCCCUCGCCGUUAUCUCCACAUGAGCAGAGGGAACUUGGACUGUUGCUGAAGGUUUCAUGCGCAGCUUGUUUGGAGAGAAGAGGAUAUCCAUAGCUGGAGAUGAGAUUGGUGAGAAGAAGUAGAGAGUGGAAAAUGAGAGGAAAUAGAGGUUGGUUUAUAUAGAGGGAGUGGGAAUGGAGAGGAAGAAACGGUUGAGGUAUUGGCGUUUUCCCGUGGGAGAGAGCACAUGGUUUGUGAGAAUGGCGACGUGGGGUUUCUUCUGUUUCUAUUUCGGGACGUAGUUUGCUGGUUAAGGUAGGUGCUGUGUCGCAUUCUUGGGUGGGCUGUGUUUUUGGGAUGCAUAUUGGUGUUAUCUUCGUCCGAGUCACGAUUUUUUGCGACUUUU